CAAGUCAAGCUACAGCCGCUUCAUUGGGAGAAAUUUCAAGUCUUCCUACAGCCGCUUUAUUGACGGACAUUUCAAUUUCAGCUACAUCCGCUUCAGUAACUGAUAUUUCGAAUCUAGCUACAGCCGCUUUAGGAACGGACACUUCAAGUCUAGCUACAACUGUUUCCGUGGCUGCAGAACAAUCAAAUGUAGAUUCGAAAACCACAGUGGAGGAAGUUUUAAGUCCAGUCACUACCGCAAUAGCUGGAGAAAUACCAACCAAAGAGUCGACAGCGACCGACUCCUCUGUCUACACAAAAUCGGUUUUGUCCCCAACAACCAAAGAAUCAACAUCAGAUACCACUUCCAAUCGCUCUACAACAGAAAGCUCUACAAAUAUUAACAAUGCGUUAAGCAUUUCAACAGCCUCAAGCCCCACUGCUGAAGGUGCUUCUCUAAGUCCAUCGGGUUUGACUGAUUCACCAGCGGACAUUCCAACCGUUUACACCGAGUCAACGGCACUUGAGGUGACGAGUGCUGCUACGGCUGCCUUAUCCGGAAACGUCCAGCCACUGUACGUCACAUCGGCCUUCACCGGAAGACUGGGCAAUCAAAUGUUUAUCUAUGCAGCUCUGAUCGGAAUCGCCCGAGCUCAGAACAGGACGGUUUUCAUCAAGAGCGGGACGGACUUGGAGGCCACGUUUCAAAUUACUCACCUUAACGACAGCAUAGACUCGACCGGGUGAGUGGUUGGGAUAAUUUAAUAUUUUGGAUGUAAUGGGAUUAGGUGAGUUCUUAAGAUAAUUUAAUGUUGUGGAUAUAAUGGGAUUGGAUGAGUGGUUAGGAUAAUGUAACAUUGUGGAUAUAAUGAGAUUGGGGCGAGGAGCAUAGACUCGACCGUGUGACUGGUUAGGAUAAUUUAAUAUUGUGGAUGUAAUUGGGUUGGGGUGAGUGGUUAGGAUAACGAAACAUAGUGGAUGUAAUGAGAUUGGUUGAGGAGUGGUUAGGGUAACGAAACAUAGUGGAUGUAAUGAGACUGGUUGAGGAGUGGUUAGGGUAACGUUACAUUGUGGAUGUAAUGGGAUUGGGUGAGUUGUUAGGUUGAUGUAACUGUGGAUGUGGCAUGGCUUGCUAAAGGGUUUUCUCAAGGUGUACCUCUGAACGAUGAAUGCGAUGAAGCAUUUGGGCAGUGUGCCACUGAACGAUGGCCGAGAUGAAGAAUUUGGGCAGAGCGCCACUGAAUAAUGGCUGCGAUGAAGAAUUUGAGCAGUGGGCCACUGAAUGAUGGCUGCGAUGAAGAAUUUGGACAGUUCGCCACUGAACGAUGGCUGCGAUGAAGAAUUUGGGCAGUUCGCCACCGAACGAUGGCUGCGAUGAAGAAUUUGGGAGCCAUUAAAAUAAAGGGAAUCGUUUAGUAGGUAAUGAACAAUGCAAGUCAAUAUUGUUGAAAGAAAAAAAUUAGGGAAUUCCCCAUUUCCCCUUUUUGUUGAAGACGCCAUGACAAAGUUCAGCUUCAGAGCUUGCCACCAUUUAUUUAUUUAAAGGUGAAGUGUUUAUGUUUUGGAUAAUUAACAAAAAAUAAUAUUUAUGUAUCUUUUUUUUUUCUCCACCCCUGUCCGUUUUGUAGGUGGGAAAAUGAAGCUGAAGCCCAUUAUGCAACCUUUGACCCCAAGUUCAUGAACUUGACCCACGUGAACAAAACCAUUUUCGGAUAUUUCCAGUCAUGGCGCUACUUUCAUCACAAUCAGGACGAGGUCAGGAGAGAGUUCAAGUUCAAGGACGAGGUACUCGAAAAAGCCCAGGAGCACUUGGAGAAAUUCAGAAACGAAAGCGGCGACAAUUUCCUGGUCGGGGUUCACGUGCGGCGCGGGGACUAUCUGGCCGACCACAACGUCAAACUAGGAUACGGCGUGCCGCAGGCCUCGUACUUCCACAACGCCUUCAAAACCAUUCGAGAGCUGUUCCGAGAUAAGAACUUCACCUUCCUGAUAGCGAGCGACGAUCUGACCUGGUGCAAGGAGAACCUCAAAGACCCGGACGUGAGGAUCGUGACCGAGGAGUCGCCCCUGGUCCACUUCGCGGUGCUGGCCAACUGUGAUCACGUGGUGCUGUCCGGAGGGACGUACGGCUGGUGGGCCGCCUGGCUCAGUCCCGGGGUGAAGAUCUACUACAGCAAGUUUGUGGUCAACGGAUCGUGGCUUGAAGACGGCUUCAGCCGAGAGGAUUACUACCCUCCCGGCUGGAUCGGGCUGGAUAACAUGGAUGCACUGAUGGGCCCCGUAUCUGCUUCGGGCCUCGCUCAUUUGUGGGGGAAAAUAAUAAAUGCGAUUUGGGGGUAAAACAUAAAUUGAGCAUUUAAAUUGCAUGGAAUAACUAAAUAACAAAAAAAGUAUAAAAAGUGUGCUGGGCUGGGGACCCCUCUCUCCAAAAGUCACGUUACGGCUAUAUAUAUAUGCAAUCACUUCUUUCAACUAAUAUAUUAGGACAGACCUGUCGUAAGAUAGCUAAAAAAAAGUUUUUGUUCUCAACAUGAAUUAUCCGUCCCUUGUUAAGUAAGUGCUCAAAAUCAAGGAAAAUUUAAAAACAAAAAUAUCCUCACUGCCCGAAAUAAAUUUUAAAUUGUGUAAAGAACCUGCGCACCCCACACCCCCAACAAAUCCCCCCCCCAACCACACACACACACACACGCACACACAACUUGCUAAUUUAUGUUUACAAUUUUAUAAACCUGCUAGGCCAUUUUAAUGAUACAACUCGAGUUAACACUAAUGCAAGGAGGUCUUUGCCUCCCUUCCCCUCCCACCCAAUGAGCACAAACCGGCAUAUUAGGGUUGCGAUGAACGGGGAUGGUUGUGUUACGGACGUCUAUAAUGUAGAGAACGUAAUCUCUUAUGUUACUCUGUGACCCGUGUCAACCAGUACACAACAAAAGACGAUUCCAUUGAUUAAAUACUGUAAUAAAGAAACCACACCUAAACUAGGGCUAAUUGCGAAUAAUAAUUUAUGAAAUUAAUUUAAAAUUACAAAAUCAAAC